CUGCAACUUGGCAACAAACAACUACAAGCAUGGGAAUCGAACUGGCGAAGAUGCUAUCUUGCUCUGCUGGCCACGCUACUUUAGAGGAGAACGGCUCGCUGUUUUAUGAAUUGUCUGACCCAUCAUGAAAUCUUUUCAGCUGUCAGCGGCUAGAACCAUCAUUAAAAGCGUUUCCUCAUGUGGCGUUUCCGAAAUUGUUGCAUGUUCAGCUCCCUGCAUCUUCCUGUUGUUCUCCUGGGACCUGCAGUUCAGAUCAAACUUCACAGGCCGAUCCGUUCCCCUCCUCUCCUGGAAGCCCCUGCAUGUCCGACGGAGUCUUUUGGGCCGUCCUCUGAGACCUGGGGGAGCUACACCGCCGGGUGAGGUGAGGCAAUGGGUCGGUCGUACCUGCCUGCCUCUUCUGUUUUUUUUUCAGCGUUCAGUUACUAGGUGCUCGGGCAACGCAACGACGCGCGGAUCAGCCAAGGGCCUGGAACAUCUUUUCCAAGCUCGGUAA